AUGCCUCCGCACGCACGGUCCAUCAUUCCGCACCGCAUUCUCCCUGCCAUCGUUCUCAGCCGCUCCGUCCCUCGUGCUCUGCGCCCGCGCCUGUGCUGCGACGUCCCCCGACCGCGCCGGCGAUCCACGCCGGAUGCAGCGCGCUCUCUAGAGCUUGCGCCCAGAAGCGCUUCCUCUCCAUUCGAGGGGCCACCCCCAUCGAAGGCUCGUGCGCGCCCAGGCGCCCCCACGUCUGCAGGACAGAAUAUCUAA